GCUGCCUUUGGUUUCAUGAGGAGCAUCUUUUGAAAUACCCUCCCCAAAGCCCUGAUUAUGGGCAUGCAAAAGCUAGGAGAAGGCUGAGUAACCUGCCCAGAUUCCCCGAGGGCGAAUGGAAAGGCAAUCAUUCCCUUUUUCUCCCCAUCCAUUUCUCACUCAACCUUUGCCAUUAUUCUCUUUGGCAGGUCCCCGUGGAUUUGUACCAACCACCAUUAAGGCAUCAUUCUGCGCGACCAUAGGCAGAAACAUGGACACUUCUAAGGAGACCAAGAAGCCACAAACGAAUUCAAAAGGACAAAAUGACCGGAGAAAGAAGAGACAAGCAAACCUCUACGAUGCCGUUGCAGGACGAGUGACCACCACUCACCAACUCGCCUCAUCAGCCGUAGGAACCAAGCCCAGAGACGGUGCUUACGGUCUCAAGGACGCAACUCUCGCCCCCGAAGAGAUCCUCUUCCAACGCCUCGGCGCACCUCAACGCUAUGCAGAAAAGGACGUCUACCACUCGCAGCAUGAGGCUCUCUCCGACGCGGGCAGGGAAUUGCUGCCAGAAAGCGACCUGCUCAAAGCGGUGCAUGGGUAUGCUGCGAAUUUCUACGAGCAGCUGGCGGUUCCGGGCCCCGGUCAGGAUGCAAAGGAACUCAGGUCGAGUUGUUUUGUAGGGACGCGACACGUCGAUGAGCGCAGUAUGGACGAGACGGCACUCAUCGCCUUUGGAAUCCUGCUCCAAGAGGCCGGGAGGGAGGUCCUGGGCCGGCGUGGGGACCUUGUAUUCACUGAAGGUUUGAUUGAAGAGGAACAGGAGCAGAGUGCAACGAGUCGCCAAGGCCGCAGCAGGUCGCGGUCUGUUGGUUUGGUAGGCCAAGAACCUGUCAAUUCGGGAGAGGGAGAAGUAUUUUGGCGAAGAUCAUAUCCGAAGCGGCGGAAGAUGACCGACGGCGCAGGACGAUAGCCGACAGCCCGGAGGCUGAACAUGGGUAUCUCUGCCGGGUGUGCACAUAUACUUCUGCGACUAUAAUCUGGAUUCUGGACAUCGUCCUAUCACCAUUACCUGCGACUUUAUCUAUUUGAUGAUAUGAGAUAAACUAGGCUUUUGUACGAGGUAUAUCUAUCUGUCCC